AUGAAGCAAGUAAGUGCUCUCAGUUAUUUACUCGUCAUUGUCUCCUUCCUGGUCUGUCUUCUCUCGCUCGUAGUGGAGACAGCACCUACCCCUGGAUACACGGGGGUAUGGAGAAAUCCUUGCGAAGACACCACACCUUCUUUUGAACCCUACAAUACAACAAACCAAGAGAAAUCAAUGGUUUUAAGCGAUAUCAAUACCAAUCUCAAUGAAGCAGAAAACAUAGCAACCGACAUUAAGAAUGAAUAUAGAUUGCAUCGUGUUGCAAGUCAAGUAUCUAACGAGACAUGUGUGUCCAACUUUGAGGAUAAUCUAGACAAUAUAUACUUACACGUUCCCGGAUUUCCGGAUCUAAGCACGUAUUUCGUUGGUUCCGACGCCAUCGCUAUCUGCGCAAAUAUUUCUGCGGCAUUGCUACAUGAUUACAAAAACCUGGUUCGUGUUAUGAUUUACCUAGAAGAAACCAUCCAGGAAGAACAUGAUGAAAGCUAUGAACAACAGUUGAAGAAUCUACAUGAUGCGAUCAAGGGGGUCAUGUGUAAAUUUCACGUGCUUGAGCAGCCCUGCGGCCUGGAAGAGCAAGGUCUAAAUGUUACCGACAUUAUCAAACAAUACAAAGUAUCCCGUCAAAAUGAGCGUGAUUACCUGUUGAUUAGAGAUACAAUCAUACUUAUGCGUGGCCUUCAUAAAAGGUACAAUACAUGUAAUGCAUUGUAUAGUAAAACCUCCGGAUAA